AUGACCACAAAUCGUACGGCGCGUCAAAGAAGCGCAUGCCAUUUGUGGGCGAGUCAAAUCCCAAAUAUUGCGAUAUCCACACGGAUUCUGAACACUUAUUUUAUUAUAUUUAUGUGGGUUGGGCAUAAGUUCGAAAAGAUAGUGGAUGGGAUAAAUAGAAAUCUGAAAAAUAAUUUCCGCUCGAUUCUGAGCUUAGCUAAAUAUAGAUCUUCUUUAGUAUUUGCAAAGACCCCAAAGUAUAGGAGCAUCUAUCUUUGCUUCGCAAAAGGCUUAGGGACCGAGCGUGUGGACAUAAUUCCAUCAGUGACGAUUGAUGACACAUGA